AUGUCCCGGGAACCUAGGACAUAUUUUCUUUUCCUGUUCCUUUUUCUGAGCCAUGGCGUGGCAAGUCAUAGAGUUCCAGAUUCCAGGCAGGAUUUGCAUCCAUUGUUGCAAAAAAUGGCGGAAGAAAUAAUAGAUGGAAGCUAUCUGAAUGCAUUACUGGAUCUCAUACAGUUUCAAAGCUCCCAUGGGUGGACGGCAGACCUGUCCCACAGAAUCCUGGCCUAUCUGAAUUCACGGAAUGUCGCCUUCACCAUCCCCAGCCUGCAGGCAGCUGUGGAACACCACCUGGAGCAGCGUCUGUACCAGCCCCAGAAGCUGCUGGAGGACCUGAGGGAAACAGAUGCUCAGCAAUUCUGCACCGCCAUGAAAUGCCUCUUAGAAGACAAGAAGGACCUCUUGGAGCUGGAAGACAUUGUUAUUGACUUGGGAGAGAUCCGGAAACAAGCCUUGCAGAGCCCUGGUGUGAACCGCAGCCUGUUUCUCAUCACCCUGGAGAGGUGUUUCCAGGUGCUGAACUCGCUGGAGUGUGUGGAGAUCCUGGGCAGGGUGCUGAGGGGCUCCUCAGGCAGCCUUCUGCAGCCGGACAUCGCAGAGAAGCUCCCCUGGGACCUGUGUGAGGACGCUUUCAAGAACCUAUCUGCGGUGUUCAAAGAUCUCUACGACCAAACCUCGGCUCAUUCCCAGAGAGCUCUCUACUCCUGGAUGACCGGGAUUUUGCAGACGUCCUCCAAGGCUACUGAUGACUCUGUUUCAUGGGUCAGUGCAGAAAACUUAUGGAUUUUGGGAAGAUACAUGGUUCACCUAUCAUUUGAAGAAAUUGUGAAAAUUAGUCCUUUAGAAAUUGGGCUGUUUAUCAGCUAUGACAAUGCCACCAAGCUGCUGGACACGGUUUAUGACAUCACACCCGAACUGGCCCAGGCGUUCCUGGAGAGGAUCAGCUCCUCCAGCUUUGACAUGAGGAAUACCUCCACCAUCCACAGGCAAGGGCAUGAUCCCUGGCAUGUGCCCCCCGCCAGCACCCUUAUUUUCCCACACAGGCUGGGGCUGCUGGUCUGUUUCUACAAUGACCUGGAUUUGCUGGAUGCCGCAGUGGCCCAAGUCCUCCUCCACCAGAUGAUCAAGUGCAGCCACCUGAGGGGCUUUCAGGCUGGGGUUCAGCAGCUCAAAGCUGACCUCCUGGACAUCGCCAUGGAGAACCAGACCCUCAAUGAGACUCUGGGCUCUUUGUCAGAUGCGGUUGUGGGCUUGACCCACAGUCAGCUGGAAUCCCUCUCCCCCGAGGCUGUGCAUGGUGCCAUGUCUACCCUCAACCAGGUCUCAGGCUGGACCAAGAGCCAGGUCAUCAUCUUGUCUGCCAAAUACUUGGCCCAUGAGAAGGUGCCGUCUUUCUACAGUGUCAGCCAGAUGGGCGUGCUGCUGGCCGGGAUUGGCACCCAGGCCUUCUAUGGCAUGGAUUGCAGGGACCUCUUGCAGGUCCUGAGAAGCACGGUCUCUUUGCAUGUGUCUGACUUGUCACCUGCCCAGAAGCAAGGUGUCCUCAGCAAGAUGAUUGAAGCAGGAGAUACUACCUCAGGCAUUGUGGAAAUACAAGGGGCUUUCUUUAAGGAGGUGUCUCUUUUCGAUUUACGGAGGGAACCCGGAUUUAACACCACAGUCCUAAAGGAAAAGGAGCUUCGAAGGAGUCAGGCCUUGUUCCUGUAUGAGCUUCUGUCAAAGUCGACCAGAAGGCCCGAGGAGCUCCUGAGCACAGGGCAGCUGGUCAAAGGCGUGACAUGCUCCCACAUUGAUGCCAUGAGUGCGGACUCCUUUCUGACCCAUUUCCACUAUUUUGAGAACAACCUCUCCCUGCUCUCACCCUAUCAGGUUAAUUGUUUGGCGUGGAAAUACUGGGAGGUCUCCAGAUCCUCUACGCCACCCUUCCUCUUGACUGCACUCCCGGCUCGCUACCUGGCUUCUGUCCCAGCUUCCCAGUGUGUGCCCUUUCUGAUCAGCCUGGGGAAGAGUCAGUUGGACUCCUUGGUUUUAGAUUCCCACAAAAAGAAUUCAGUCCUUAGGAAGGUACAGCAGUGCCUGGACAACUUCAUUGCUGAUGAGUACGCGGUAGACAUCGUGGGCAAACUGCUCUGCCACUUGCCGGCAGCCGUCCUCCACCGCGGGGUCUCCACUCUGGCCUGGGCCACAGCCCUGCACGGGCUCAGAGACUGCCCAGACCUCAGCCCCGAGCAGAAGGCUGCGGUGAGGCUCAGGCUCCUGGAACAGCACGGACUUCCCCAGAACUGGACGGCCGAGACGACAAAGGACUUGGGACCCUUUCUGGUACUUUUUUCAGGAGACGAAUUAAGCUCUGUUGCCACAAAGUUUCCAGAUAUCCUUCAGCAGACAGCUUCCAAGAUAGCCGGGACCGUGCCCCCCCAAGAAUUCCUCUGGGCUGUCUUUGACUCUGUCCGGAACAACAGUGAGAAGAGCCCCAGCUCUGCCCCCAGCCCCGGUUGCCAUGGAGUCAUAGCUCCUUCUUCUGGUGACAUCUUCAAGUUGGCGGAAGCCAAUGCCUGCUGGGCCCCCCAGGACCUGCUCUGCAUGGAGGAACGGACAUUCAUUAGGAGCGUGGAGCUUCUGGGGGCCGUCAGGGGUUUCAGCCUGCCUCAGCUGAUGACCCUAAAGGAGAAGGCAUUACAGGUUUGGGACAUGCCUUCUUACUGGAAAGAAUACCAUAUCACCUCCCUGGGGCGCAUUGCUCUGGCUCUUAAUGAGAGUGAGCUGCAGCAGCUGGAUCUCAGCUCCAUUGAUACCGUGGCUUCCCUAAGCCAGCAGACCGAAUGGACCCUGGGACAGGCUAAAUCUAUUCUGCAAGGGUUCCUGGAGGAUUCAGGCUACAGUAUCCAGGAUCUGAAGAGCUUCCACUUAGUAGGACUUGGUACAGCCCUGUGUACUAUGAACGUCACCGAAAUCUCACUCAUAAAGAUCUCAGAAUUCAGGGUGGUGGUGGCCAGAAUCGGGACCCUGCUCUGUAGCACCCAUGUCUUGGCCGAGUUUAAGAGGAAGGCAGAAGUUGUAUUUGGGGAUCCCACCAAAUGGUCCAGCUCUGUCCUGCAGGAGCUCGGGACUAUUGCAGCUGGAUUAACGAAGGAAGAGCUACAAAUGCUGGACAAGGAUUUGAUGCCGUAUUUCCAGCCAUCAGCAAUCAAAUGCCUUCCUGAUGAGAUAUUCAAAGAGCUGUCCAUGGAGCAGAUCGCCUCGUUGGGCCCCGAGAACGCCGCGGCGGUGACCCCAGCCCAGCGCCGGCAGCUCAGCAUGUUGCAGCUGCAGAGCCUCCAGCGGGCGCUAGAUGGCGCCAACACUCGCUCCUGGCUGGACACGCCCCCGAGCGCCAGUCCCACCUGGACCCCCUCCUCUGGUUCUCCUCGUGGAGGCCCUGUCACCUGGGGUCCUUGGCUUGGCUGUCCUCUGCUGGUUCUCCUGCCCAAGACCGUGUGGUGA